GAGCUCCUGAGAGCGACCCAUUCUUUCACCAAUGUUUGUAGAAGCAGUCUGCAUGCCUAGGGGCUUGAUUGUAUACACCUGUGUCCAUGGAGGGGAUUGGAACACCUAAAUCACAUGAUUGGGAGGGGAUUGGAACACCUGAAUCACAUGAUUGGGAGGGGAUUGGAACACCUGAAUCACAUGAUAUGGAGGGGAUUGGAACACCUGAAUCACAUGAUAUGGAGGGGAUUGGAACACCUGAAUCACAUGAUAUGGAGAGGAUUGGAACACCUGAAUCACAUGAUUGGGAGGGGAUUGGAACACCUGAAUCACAUGAUAUGGAGGGGAUUGGAACACCUGAAUCACAUGAUUGGGAGGGGAUUGGAACACCUGAUUCACAUGAUAUGGAGGGGAUUGGAACACCUGAAUCACAUGAUAUGGAGGGGAUUGGAACACCUAAAUCACAUGAUUGGGACGGGAUUGGAACACCUGAAUCACAUGAUUGGAGGGGAUUGGAACACCUGAAUCACAUGAUGGGAGGGGAUUGGAACACCUGAAUCACAUGAUAUGGAGGGGAUUGGAACACCUGAAUCACAUGAUAUGGGAGGGGAUUGGAACACCUGAAUCACAUGAUAUGGAGGGGAUUGGAACACCUGAAUCACAUGAUAUGGAGGAGAUUGGAACACCUAAAUCACAUGAUUGGGACGGGAUUGGAACACCUGAAUCACAUGAUAUGGAGGGGGUUGGAACACCUGAAUCACAUGAUAUGGAGGGGA